CGAUCAUCACAGUCUUUUGCCGACGCCCUCCACAUGUUCUCCCUUCCAUUCCCUAUUCCUUCCCCAUACUGCUUCGGUCCCGAUCAUCUCUUUGUUGACGUCCUCCAGCAUUCUCCACAUGUCCGCCCUCCCCUUUCUUCCCCCAUUUGGCCUCAACCCCUAACUCUGCGCCCAACUUCACUAAGUUGAUCGCCGACGAUGCCACGACGAUACCAACACUCAUUGCUACUCACUUGUGGGCGCUUGUAUGUACAUUUGAUCUCGACUUUCAAGGGUGUUUACGGAUCAGAGGUUGGGAGACAGCCAACCGGAAGGGGAGAGUUUCCUGAUCGGGGAUGCCAUCUUGGUUGGCAUAUCUUCUUUUGUCUACUACCGUUAUCUGAGAAAACAACUGUUCGACAAGUGACAUAUCUCCAUGGCCAUGUGGUGCUUUUGUACCUUUUGCAGUCAUAUGUAUUUAGUAUGUUGUCAAAGUGCACCUGUAAGACCUCUCUUCGAUGGCGUGCUGCACGAAGUUUUAUUAUUCCCUUGAAGUGCAUACUUCUUAUGUUUUCCAGCAUUCGAGGAGAGUGGUCGCUUAUUGUACUGACAUUGAUAAGUAGCAGUUCUCAAGACCCUGCAGGCACGCACGACGAUAUUCAAAAACAAAAACGCGCAGGGUCCUGCUGUCUGGUUCUGUGCGUCUGUCGCAAGCAAGCGAAAGACACGCAUGUUACAGCCGUGACAAUCGAUCAUUGGUAGCGGAAUUAUUCGUCAAACUUCCACUGAUUCGACCAAUCGAUGGGAGCAAGAUGAGGCGGCGAAAGCAGUUGUACGGGUACCAGGUUGACCGCUAUACCCUUCAUUGGUUGACGAUGGGCCGCGACCUGUCGGGAUCGUUUUAUUUUUAUUUUUAUUAUCUGACUGCUGUUAGUGCGGAGUAAUAGAGGCGGGCCCUGGCGGGCC